AACCUGCCAUUAUGUCAUUGUCCACAUCUGUCAACUGUAGAGAGGUUAUGUUUUUGCUCAAAAUAAAUAGACCCGAUAUGUAAUAAGAACUCAUCUCCAAGAACAAUUAAAGAAUUAAAGACUACUUUUCCUAACAAUGUCCUUAAUUAGAACAGGCUUGCAAAGACUUGCAAAUGUUUUCAGCGGGAGUAAUGGAGGUAUUUUGUCUAGACUUCUUACAAAUGUUGUUCCUGCUCAGCAACAAUCUAUUAAUACACCGAAAGAAGUUAUAGAUACAUGCAACAGAAUAAUCGCAGAGAAACCUUCUCGUAACUUUGCUAUAAUCCAUCUCUUGGGUAAACAGUGGCGGGUGAGUGACGGCGAUCUGCUUGUAGUCGAAGGAUACUGGCCACCGAAUAUUGGUGAUCAGAUAAAAUUAGAAAAAGUACUUUUAGCAGCAACAAAAGAUUUCUCAUUGAUUGGACGACCCCUGGUACAGCCAGAUCUAGUAACUGUCACCGCUACUAUUAUCUCUAAAGGACUCUCACACACUCGAGUACAUUUCAAGAAGAAGAGAAGGAAGCAAUUCAUGAGGAUUAACUUCCAAAGAGCUCAGCAAACAAUGCUGAGAAUUAAUUCAGUUGAAAUUGCCAAUAAAAUUAAUGCAAGACCUAAAAAUGAACAGUAAAUGUAAUAAUUUAGAGUAAAUGUAGAUAAUAAAGAAAUCAUUAUAAACA